GUAGAGGGAUACAGAGUAAAGAAGGGAAGCUUAGAGAGAGAAACGAAGCUCUCCAUAGCUGCAGGUCUACUGAGAAGCAGAAGAAAUCGAUCCAUCGAGGCCGAGGAUUCAACUAAUUUUUAGGGUUUUAGCUCUCAACGACAGAGGGGAUGGCAAAGAUGCAGGAGAAGUCGAACUUCUCCAUCACCUGCAGCCUCUUGAGCCAGUACAUCAAGGAAAAGGGCAGCCUUGCUGAUCUAGGGUUUCUCGAUUCUGCGCGAUUGGGUAUUUUCCGCUCCUACACGAAGCUUUUUGGUGAAUGCAAACAUGAGGCUUAUUGGCCGCUGGCAACCAGGAGCUUGCUCUCUGGAGUAGGCAUCUCCAUCGAUGACCCUAAAGACACGAAAUCCAUGGAGCUUUUUCCCCAGAUUAUUGGUUUCCUUCCGGCCAAAGAAGAAGAGGCCAAGGAGCACCAGGAAAAUUCCCAGCUCACUAUUUUCUAUGGUGGAAAGGUGUUUGUGUUUGAGAACUUCCCUGAUGAAAAGGCUAAGGAUCUGAUGGAGUUCGCUAGAAAAGGGCAGAACUUUACUUCCGAACCAAGUGCCAACAUUGCCUCCGGUGCCGCCACACCUGUCGUGGAUGCUCAGAGCUCCCCAGCGACUGACACGCCUAUGGCAAGCUUCCAAGGCCGUGCUAAACCAAAUUUUACCGAUCUCCCCAUCGCAAGGAAGGCAUCACUGCACCGUUUUCUGGAAAAGAGAAAAGACAGGAUUAAUGCAAAGGCACCUUAUCAGUCGAGCAGCAAUGGUGGAUCUAAGGAUGUUGUGACUAUGAAAGAGGAGGAGAUCAGCCAGCCAGGGGUGGGGAUACAUUGAAGCAUGGAUUGAACACGUGUGUGACCGAGCUUAAUCGAACGGUCGAUGCUGUGAUUUAUGAUUAAGGCUAUAUGUUGUGCAUAUUCUUCACCUUGUUUUUGGGGAAGAGAUCACUUGAUUUAUGAUCUAUUUAAUGUUCUCUCUCAAGAACGCUCAUUUGUGGAAUUUUUAUUGAAUCAGCGAUCUUUGUCGGA